AGACUUGAGAGUAGUGAUAUAUCUCUCUAAAGAGUAAAAGAUUAUGAGCAAUUUAAGGAUGGUUGAGGCAAAAUUGCCUCCUGGAUUCAGGUUUCAUCCAAGAGAUGAAGAACUAAUAUAUGAUUAUUUGAUGAAGAAGAUCUCUGGCACCAAUUGUUACCCUGUUUUGAUUGAGGUUGAUCUAAACAUCUGCGAGCCAUGGGACAUUCCUGAAACUGCAUGUGUGGGGGGAAAGGAUUGGUAUUUUUAUAGCCAUCGAGACAGGAAAUACGCGACCGGUCUUAGAACAAACAGGGCGACCGUCUCAGGUUACUGGAAGGCCACAGGUAAGGACCGGUCUAUCCAUAGGAAAGGCAGACUUUUGGGUAUGAGGAAAACUUUGGUCUUUUACCAAGGAAGAGCACCCAAAGGUAAAAAAACUGAUUGGGUCAUGCAUGAAUUCCGCCUUCAUGGCCCCAUUAUCCCUUCUUCCAAGGAAGAUUGGGUUUUGUGCAAAGUGUUUAACAAGACAAAAGAAAUGGAAUCAGAAAUCAAACAAGAAGAAGAAGGUAUGAUGGUAGUAGUGGGGAAUGGAAGUAGCAGCAGCAACAGUAGUUCUUGCUUUGAUGAUCAGACAAUCAUGAGUUGUUCAUCUGAUCUUCCACCAUUAAUGGAAUAUUAUAAUUCAUAUGAUUUCCAACAGCAAGUGCCCUGCUUCUCCAACAACAAUUAUAAACCUAAUAAUGAUCAUGAUGAAUUGACCAACAUGAUGAUGAUGAAGAACAACAGUACCUCAAUCUUCAGCCCUGGUUAUGGUGGUACUGGUGAUGAUAAGGUAGAAGACAUAUUUAAUAAUAAUGUUCUUCAUAAUAAUAUCAGAUUUCCAGGUAAUAAUAUUAAAGAAUCACCCAGUUUAGAAACCCUCUUAUCUGAUCAUCAUCAUGUCGAUCUGCAGCCUCCUAUUUGGGAUUACUAGCUAGCUAGCUUUUCAUAUAUUGUUAUUUGAUUUGGGUUUUUGUUGCAUAAUUCAUCUCUUCUUGAUUUUAUUAGAAAUAAAAUUACCUUUAUAUAUAUUCAAUUU